CUGCAUUCACUUUAAUUGUCAUUUUUGAACGAAUUUCAAUACUUGGUGGAACAUUGCAUGGUAUUGCAGAAGUACCUCGUGGCACUCAAACCUAUAUAAAUCACACAAAUUUGCGUCCGCAAACAUAAUAAUUACAUAGGUCGGUACUUCUAAAUACUCAAUUGAAGUUACGUGCUACAUUAAGAUGUCUCAGGCCAAUACAAAUGCUGAAAUUGUGACACAAUCGGGAGCUGUAGCCGGCGACGAUGCUGCUGCUGGUCCACCAAAAACAGCCAAGCAAUUGGAAAAAGAGGCCAAAAAGGCAGAAAAGUUGGCCAAAUUGCAAGCAAAAUUGGACAAAAAAGCAGCGGCUCCCGCAGCAACGGAGAAAAAAGACAAACCAGAGAAAAAAGUUAAGGAGACCAAAGAGGUUGCUAUAUAUACGGCAAAUACUGCACCUGGCGAGAAAAAAGAUAUUACAGGCGCACUACCAGACGCCUACAGUCCACGUUAUGUUGAAGCUCAGUGGUAUAGUUGGUGGGAGAAAGAAGGAUUUUUCACACCAGAAUAUGGUCGUGCAAGCAUAUCCGAACCGAAUCCCAAAGGCAAAUUUGUUAUGGUAAUUCCACCACCAAAUGUGACGGGGUCACUACAUUUGGGUCAUGCCCUAACCAAUGCUAUUGAAGAUGCUAUUACGCGGUAUCAUCGUAUGAAGGGUUUCACUACACUAUGGGUGCCAGGCUGUGAUCACGCAGGCAUUGCUACGCAAGUAGUUGUGGAAAAGAAACUUUGGCGCGAGGAAAAGUUGACGCGCCACGAUUUGGGACGUGAGAAGUUCAUUGAAAAAAUAUGGGAUUGGCGUCGUGAAAAGGGUGUGCGCAUCUACGAUCAACUCAAGUGUUUGGGUUCGUCUUAUGACUGGACACGUGUGGCGUUUACCAUGGAUCCGAAGUUAUGUAAAGCUGUAACAGAGGCUUUCGUGCGUCUACAUGAGGAUGGCAGUAUCUACCGCAGCGCGCGUCUUGUUAACUGGUCUUGUGCGCUACGUUCAGCUAUAUCGGACAUUGAAGUCGACAAAAUAGACAUACCUGGUAGAACAUUCUUCUCUAUACCCGGCUAUGAAGAAAAGAUUGAAUUUGGUGUGCUAAUCAAAUUUGCCUAUAAAAUUGAGAACUCCAAUGAAGAAGUUGUAGUGGCUACCACACGUAUUGAAACCAUGCUGGGCGAUACUGCCGUGGCUGUGCAUCCGCAAGAUGAACGCUACAAGCACUUGCAUGGCAAAUUCGUGCAACAUCCAUUCUGUGAUCGUCGUAUACCAAUCGUUGUGGAUGACUUUGUUGAUAUGAAUUUCGGUACUGGCGCCGUGAAAAUUACACCCGCGCACGAUCCUAAUGAUUAUGAAGUUGGCAAACGCUGCAAUUUACCAUUUAUCACAAUUUUCAAUGACGAUGGUUACAUUAUCGGCGAUUAUGGCGAAUUUAAGGGUAUGAAACGUUUCGAUUGUCGCAAGCGUAUACUAGAAAAACUGAAGGAAUUGGGGCUUUAUCGCGAGACCGUCAAUAAUCCAAUGGUCGUGCCGUUUUGCAGUCGCUCUAAAGACGUAGUUGAACCCAUGAUUAAGCCACAAUGGUAUGUCAAGUGCGACCAAUUGGCCGCUGACGCAACCGAAGCUGUGCGCAAGGGCGAGUUAAAAAUCAUACCAGAACAUCAUACUAAAAUCUGGUAUCACUGGAUGGAGGGCAUACGCGAUUGGUGUGUCUCACGCCAGCUGUGGUGGGGACAUCGUAUUCCAGCCUAUCACGUGAGCUUCAAUGAUGACAGCAUUAAAGGCGGCACGGCCGACGACGAGGCUUACUGGAUCGUUGCUAGAUCAGAGGCAGAGGCGCUUAAAAAAGCCGCUGAGAAAUUCAAUGUGGAUCCCAGCAAAAUCGUGCUACAUCAAGAUGAAGAUGUGCUGGACACGUGGUUCAGUUCCGGUCUUUUCCCCUUCUCUGUCUUUGGUUGGCCAGACAACACCGAAGACUUGCAAGCCUUCUAUCCCACAACAUUGCUCGAAACUGGACAUGAUAUACUCUUCUUCUGGGUUGCGCGUAUGGUAUUCUUUGGCCAAAAGCUGCUCGGCAAGCUGCCGUUCAAGGAGGUGUAUUUGCAUCCAAUGGUGCGUGAUGCACAUGGCCGAAAAAUGUCCAAAUCCUUGGGUAAUGUUAUCGAUCCCAUGGAUGUUAUUCGCGGAAUUGCACUUGAGGACUUACAUAAGCUGCUCUACGAUUCCAAUUUGGAUCCACGUGAAAUUGAAAAGGCCAAGGCUGGCCAAAAGCAAGAUUUCCCCAAUGGCAUACCAGAAUGUGGUUCCGAUGCGCUGCGUUUUGCACUCUGCGCUUAUAUCACACAAGCGCGCGAUAUUAAUCUGGAUAUUAAUCGUGUGCAAGGCUAUCGUUUCUUCUGCAACAAAUUGUGGAAUGCAACGAAAUUCGCUUUGAUGUACUUCAGCGGCGACGAACGUUAUACAUCGGAACUGCCGCUCAGUGGCAACGAAAACAAUAUGGACUUGUGGGUGUUAUCGCGGCUUGCCACCGCUAUUGAGACAUGUAACAGUGGUUUUGCGCAGUAUGACUUCGCAGCUGCGACCAGCGCUUGCUACAGCUUUUGGUUGUACGACUUGUGUGAUGUGUAUCUGGAGUGUGUGAAGCCGAUUUUCCAAAAUGGCACUGACGAACAGAAGGCUGCCGCGCGCCGUACGUUAUUCACAUGUUUAGAUUUGGGUUUGCGCAUACUUUCGCCAUUUAUGCCAUUCAUCACCGAGGAAUUAUUCCAACGGCUACCACGUGCCGAUACUAUACCCAGUAUUUCUGUGGCCGCAUAUCCUGAUAACGUUACUUGGCACGAUGAGAAGGUGGAGAAAGAUGUUGAGUUCAUGCAAAAGGCCGCACGCAUCAUACGCUCAGCACGUUCCGACUACAAUCUGCCCAAUAAAGUGAAGACCGAGGCGUACAUUGUUUGCACCGAUGAGCAGCCCAACGCAACGCUUAAGAAAUAUGCAAGCGAUUUGACCACAAUUGCUUACUGUUCCAAGCUCGAAUUUGACACUCAACCGCCGGCGGGUUGCGCCAUACUCACGGUUAGUGCACAAUGCGAGGUGCACUUGUUACUUAAGGGUCUCAUUGAAUCUGAGAAGGAAAUUACGAAAUUGCAAAAGCGCAAGGAACAAUUAGAUCAAACUGUGAAUAAAUUGAAGCAAGCCAUGCAGGCUGCUGAUUAUGCAACAAAAGUGCCGGCUGAAGUGCAAUCAGCCAAUACGGAGAAACUUCAACAAUCCGAGGGUGAAGUUCAACGAAUCAUUGCCGCAAUUGAAACCUUGAAAUUAAUGUAAAUUUGCAUUAUUGCUCGUAUUGCCGCUGCACAUAAGUACGUUCUUGGCACUAUGCAUUUAUGCUUACCGCUUAGAGAUAUCUUCGCCUUUAUUUCCUACAUUUAUGUUUUUUUUUGUUUUAUUUAUUUUUUACAUAAAUUGUAAUGAUUGGUGUAGGAGAUUGUUGGUGCUUUCAAUGAAUGAUAAUUUUUAGAGCAAUCGCUAUUACUCAAUGUUGACUUUAUUAAAAACUUAACAUACAAAUACAGAAAUGUCGAAAAUAAAUAAUAACAGUUUUAAAUAA